AAGGGGGGCGUGGCCAGUCUCCGGAAGUGAUUGCUCGCGCCGCGUGGACCCUCCCCGUGGUGUAUCGCCAAGGAUCGCGUUCAGCGGCCACGGUCUCGGCACUGGAAGCUGUCCCACAUGUUGCCUAAGUUGCUAAGCCUCUGAACAGAGCGAGUCUGGCAUGGAGGCGACGCAGGACCUUUCGGAGACGCUUGUGCAGUCGGAGCUGCUGUCCGUACAGCUGGGCCGGGCCAUCCACGCUGGCGAUGUGGCGGCGGCGCAACAGCUUGCGGCCCGCCUGGCCGAAUGCCGCUCCCCCUUGCUCGUGCAACUCAAGACGCCAGGACAAUCGAGCAGCAGUUUCAGGAUAAAGGUGCAGGUGGAGGACACCACAAGCUCAGUGGGGCCCAUCUACGUGAAGGUUUCUUCCCACAUGACUGUGGACACACUCAAGCAGCAAAUUUUCCGUCACUACGACAUCCACCCAAAGGUGCAGCGCUGGGUAAUCAACCAGCGCCUGGCGGAGGAUUCAAAGUCCCUGCACAGUUACGGGUUGCAGCGUGAAGGUGACGAGGCCUUCCUCUACCUGGUCUCGGCCCAGCAGGCCAACCUAAAAGUGGAAGAGUACAAGCGCGCUCAGAUAGAUCUUUUACAGAUCACAGCCACCCCACACCAAUCUUCAGGCCACCCACCUGCCAUCAGCCACCCAGCAGCCCCAGUAUUCUAUGGUGGGCUUGGGGAGGGUGCACCGAUUGUCAAGAUGGAGCCAGUGAACCCAGUUUCUGCGCCAAAUUGGCCCGCGGCCGAGCUAAUCCACGCUGAUGCACCCCUCUUCCCACCUGCUGCUGCUGCUGCUGCUGCCACCACCCCGAGACGGCCCGCCUCGCCACCUCCGGUGGGCUGGCCGUGCCCGGUGUGCACGUUUGUGAACCUCCCGUUGCGGCCGGGCUGCGAUCAGUGCGGCACGGCGCGGCCUGCGGAUUACCAAGUGCCGGCGGGGUACCAGCCCACGGACCGCGAGCGCCGCAUCACCGAUCAGGAGAUGGACAACCGGCGGAAGCUUGAGGAGACUCGCGUGAAGAAGCGGCGGGAAAACUUCCAGCGCUUGAUGCAGGAGGACGAGCAGGAGCUGGUGCCCAACAAGGAGGCGUUCACGUGCCCCAUCUGUUUCGUGGACUAUGAGCCCGGCGAGGGGGUCACUCUGCGCGAGUGCCUGCACAACUUCUGCAAGGACUGCUUGCACGGCACCAUCGUGAACUGCGAGGAUGCAGAGGUUACGUGCCCCAACCAGGACGGUGAAAUCAGCUGCGAGUUUAAGCUGCACCAGCGAGAGAUCAAGGCCCUGGUGUCGGAGGUGGAAUAUUGCCGCUUCCUGGGGAAGGGACUGGCCAUCGCCGAGAACCGCAGCGCUGACAGCUACCACUGCGUGACGGCCGACUGCCUCGGCUGGUGUUUCUACGAGGACAUGGUGAACGAUUUCCUGUGUCCCAUCUGCAAAAAGUCCAACUGCCUCACCUGCAAGGCCAUCCAUGAGGGAAUGGACUGUCAGGAGUAUCAGGAUGAUCUGAAGCUGAGGUCAGACAACGACCAGGCAGCAAUGCAGACCAAUCUAAUGCUGCAGACGAUGGUGCAGACGGGUGAUGCCAUGCACUGCCCGACGUGCAAGGUGAUCGUGCAGAAGAAGGACGGCUGCGACUGGAUUUGCUGCAGCAUAUGCAAGACCGAGAUCUGCUGGGUGACCAAGGGGGCUCGCUGGGGACCUAAUGGCACAGGGGACACGAGUGGAGGCUGUCAGUGUCGCAUCAAUGACAGGAUGUGCCACCCUGAUUGUAUGAACUGCCACUGAGAUGGAGGUCAUCACUUGCAACAGAAAUUCGCGGUGACUUUGUGUGACUCGCCGACGUGUUUUCGGUACUCCGGCACCUGUGGUUUUGCAUUUUGUUUGAUGUUUCGCUGCUCGCGAUGAGUGCUUCUUCGUGAAGUUAACUGCAGUUCUGAAGUUCGUGAAGAAACUCCCAGCAUCUGGAGCAAAACGUCGGACAUCGUGCCGAACAACACGCCGUACGACCCAGAAACACGUGGGAGAACCACACAACAGACCAUUGAAAAGCUUUGAGGUAGGAAUUAUUGUUUUUCCUCAUGAUGUUGCUUCAACUAAAAGUCACACUUUUGAAAAGUAAGCACAAGUAACUUGAACAAAAAUUUCAACCAUCUGACUUUAAAAAUCACAUUCUAAUUAAAAGUUUUCAUCUGCGUUGGGCUCGGGGAUAUGAUAUAAUUUCCGCAGAUGUUUUCUCGUAAAAUAAUCAUUCUUCUCACCAAUUGGGUGCGAAGAGACACAUGACAUGUGAUUUGCUUGCCUGGCAACCAUCUGUUAAAAUGGAAAUCUGUGCGGGUAAAACUUCGUUAUUAUGGAUUUAGAACCACCUCAUGCUUGCAAUUUGCAGGGUUUUUUUAAGCUUGACAUGAUGGUGUCAAGAGGUCCAAUUCCCAUUAAAAUAAUUGUACGCUUAAUGGCGAGAUUUUCUUUUAUGUUAGCAUUUGUGUUUUGUAUAAAUGUUGAUCCUAUUCGGCAGGCCACUAGUCACCUUAAAUCACAGGUUGCAUGCACGUUGUGCCCCAACUGCCGAUGGUGUGCAUUCAUUUUUUUUGUUCAGAGCAAAAGCGUUAAACUUUUUCUUUGUGGAAAUCAAUACCCGUGUCAUGUUACAGGAUAUAUUAUUGCUUUAGGAGGGGUCAUCCUUUAUCCUUUAUUCGUGACCAGGAUUUAUUGCCUUGCUAGGUUCUUUACAAAAUCACUACAAACCUAAUGUACAGACGACGUCUAUCUCCGCAGUGCACAAUACAGCAUGCCUAGCAUCUCGGACAUGUGUUUUUUUUUGUGGGCUUGCACCGCGUCUCGUUCAGCACGAUGUCCCCGGCGUUACCUUUCCACGUGCCGCAGUUCCCGAAGUAGCUCCCGCAGCACAUGGAGCGAAAUGUCAGACAUCGUAAGCAAGGGGGGGGAUUGGAAGUUUGUGGAAUUUCGCUCGCGAGGAAUUGAAUUGUCUUCAUCACCUCCAGUCCCCGAUUUCGUUCAGUUCCUGAAGACGCUCCCGGCACGUGGAACGAGACAUCGUGCCAAACAGGAUGCGGUACAGCCCGAAAAUACACCGGAACUGAGUGUACUGUCACCGCACGCAUGGCCACUCGGCCAGCACUAGAAAUUCAUACGUUUAGCAAUAUUCUUAUAAUAUAGAAAUGAGUGAAUGUGUAUGUAUAUAUACUAUUUUUUUCAAUGUACCUAACAUGCAUGCAGGUACCGUGGUAAUUCCAAAUCUCUUUGUGGCCAAACAAGUUGUGAUAAAAAAGGGCUUUACCCUUUUGGCAUAAUACAGGUGUUUAGAUAAAGCCAUAAAAGUGGCUGUCCCUGGUGUAUGCGAAUCCGUGUCAAGGACAAUGUAUAUACAUAACGCAUUUUUCAAUUGCAUGUUUUACCCCAAGUAUGUGUGGUUAAUGGAGACGUUGUGCCUCGUAAUAGUUGUCUAAUUGGCGUUUCUAGACCUACGCAUAUAGUAGCAGAACUGUGUUCUGUCUCCACAUAUAUAAAACAAUGUUUUAGUCCAUUGGCCUAUUGGCUUUCUAGACGAAUAUUAUCUUGUCCAAUAUAAUUUAAGCAAGCAAACUCUGGGCCGCUUCCAACCUUCUGGUUCUCAUGAAUAGAGUCAGGCUUGUUUAGACAUGCUGCUGGAUUACCAGAUGCAAUUGGUAAGAGCCGCUCCCAUAUAAACCAUGGGGCCCUAUCUAUGCAAAUCGAAAUGUUGUAUUCAAACUCAUCAGAUGAUGUUUUUUUUUCUAAACAGCAAAGCACUCCAAAUCCACACCUCGGACAGCCAGCCAGCCAGCCAGCUCGUUGCCAGCCGUGUUUGACCAAAUAGAAGAGCAGUAAUGGUGGAACCCGUGGUGGCUUUUUUUUCUAUUCUUUUGUCGGCACUGAGGUGUGCUCAGCCCGGAGAUUGGUCGACGACGUGUGACUGUUGCAGUAGAUGACGAUGUAGUGGCAGUGGCGGCGCGCUUCCCGUGAUAUGUGAUUGGUCGGUCCGAGUGCACUGCAGGCGUGCGUCUUGGUAGACGGUCGGUGAGUGACCCCCGCCUGCUUUGUUGGGAGUGCUGCCGGGGUGCGAAGGCUGCGCGAGGGAGCUGCUUCGGCGAUUGAGAGACUAUUCCUGGUCAACGCUUGGUAAUGCAAACUUACAUUGAUAAUUAACAAAAACGUCAACUCGUACCGUGCCGCCACAGUAUUGGCUCGCACCAGGAGAGAGAGAACCACGGACGAGCGGGAAAGGCAGCCAGGCGGUGAGCCGGUGAGCCGGUGUCAAAUUACACCCACAAGCUCUGGGCUCUUGUACGAAACGAAUAAUUUAGAGCUUCAUUUGAACACAUUACAAUCCACUUGUGAGAGUUUUUAUUUUAUUGUAUUAUUGCCUCAGAGUUGGUUGCACAAUAAACAUUUACUUGGUUCAUCCACUUGAUUUGCACGCUCUCAAUUUAUAGAUAGCCCUACUUUCUGGAAAGUAGCGUUUCGUGAGAGCUCUUUCGAGGCUCCUAACGCAAAAAAAACAACAUAACUCUUAAAUUGACCGUUAGCAGCUCCUGCGACGCACACCCCCUUGCUCAACAAGCGCGGUUUUAAAAAGCAAUUAUUGGCACGCCGCGUGUUGCUUGCGAGAGUAAAAAUGUUGCCUCUUUUUCCAACCGUGCCAGCAGCUGUCGGGUGCAAUAGUGAACUCGGGCAAGUGACACCCGAAGCCUGUGUAGUUUUUACACCUACGUAACAAGGUAUAUAUAUAUUUGCUUUUUGGCUUGUUCAUAACAUUAAUUUGGUAUCGUGAAUUGGUUUCUAAUUACGACGAGCAAUUUAAUUGGCUGUGAGAUGCAAAUCGCUUUCCUUGCAGUGCUUGGGAUGCGUGUUUGCGCUUACAUGACGUUUAAACAGAGAAUGGUGCUGAUCGUACAGAAAUGUAUUUAAUUAGUUGGUCCAGACUAUUGUGAACCGCUGAUUUUUUUGGUAUUUUAUUUCCACCACCGUGAGUUGCAGUAAUUUCUAAAUUUGCAAUUUCAUUUACAUUUUUCAUUAAUUUCUUGUGAAUCGCAAAUCGACGGCAUUGGUAUUUCCAUUUGUUACUUUGCUCAUAACGAAAUUUCAAAAGAAUGAAAUUGGUGAAUGAAAAAAAUGAAAGUGUCAAUGCGUCUGAAUGCAGUUUAUCGGCACUUUCAAAAUUCUGAAUGAGGCGUAUCAGCUGAAACAUUUGCGUUAUAAUUCUUAUCAUACCCGUCGUAAAUUCUACUUUUUUGUUAGUAACUAUGAAAGAAUGCAUCGUACUUUUCUAUUUAUUUUUAAGGAUUGAUUUUUACGUGGUUGCUCAUGGGUUACACUGUUAACUUUGGAAUGAGGGCAUUUACUUAAAAAUAAAAUGUGGAAAAAA